GAUGACGGUUUGACUGACACACAGGCUCCUGGCACAGACAGACACACACAUGCACAUCAGCCACUUUUUGCAAACACGCAAGCUGCGCAUCGGAGCGGCCGGGAACCCGCGCGUCCGCAACCGAUGAGGGCAUUUCUCGUCCAGCCCGUCCAGGAACCAGUGUGACCCGGACGGAAAGGAGUUCGACCUGACAGGAUGGGGGGAGUCAGCGAGGGCGAUGAUGUGUUGGCUCGUUGGAGUGAUGGACUGCUGUACCUCGGCAAUGUGAAAAGAGUAGACGGAGUCAAACAGUGCUGUCUGGUGAGGUUUGAGGACAACUCAGAGUUCUGGGUACUGAGAAAGGAUAUUCACUCAUUCGCUGCCGGAGUGGAAGAAGUUUGCUGUAUUUGUGACGCUCCGCCUCUUAAAGAACCCCUCGUAAAUUGUCUUAAAUGUCGGCACGGUUAUCAUCCAGAGUGCCACACGCCAACCAUCGAACCGGAAGCCGACAGCGAUUCGUGGAUCUGUCGACAGUGUGUCUUUGCAGUCGCAACCAAGCGAGGCGGGGCUCUGAAACGAGGACGCUUCGCUCGCCUCAUGCAGUUCAUGAAGCUGAGAAUCCCCUACCAGCUAUCGUCUUUAGACUGGGACCCCCAGCAUCUGACCAACCAGCAGCAGUGCUACUGCUACUGUGCCGGACCUGGAGAGUGGAACCUGAAGAUGCUGCAGUGUGGCAGCUGUGGGCAGUGGUUCCAUGAAGCCUGCACUCAGUGUCUAACAAAACCACUGCUUUACGGCGACAGGUUUUAUCAGUUCCAGUGUUCGGUUUGUUCAAAAGGACCGGAGACGAUCCAGAGACUACCCAUGACCUGGGUGGAUCUGGCUCAUUUAGUGCUCUACCACCUCUCGCUGUGCUGCAAGAGGAAAUACUUUGAUUUUGACCAUGAAAUCCUGUCCUUCACCAAUGAGAAUUGGGACUCGCUGCUUCUGGGCGCGCUCUCUGACACGCCGAGACAAGACCGCUGUCACAAUCUGCUCAACGCUCUGAACUCGCACAAGGACAGGUUCGUCUCCGGAAAGGAGAUCAAGAAGAAGAAGUGUCUUUUCGGGCUGCAGGUCCGAGCCCCGCCUCCGCUGACGUCUGAUUCGUCGCCGCUCAUCACCGACCCGCCCAUCAGCAUCACCCACCGGAGAAGCCCGUUGUCACUUCCCUGCCAGAGACGAGUCGGAGGACCAGAGUCACGGAAAUCAAAGCGUCGCAUCAUGGAGACACAGGUCUGUCCACCUCCAGUUGCUGCCAACCCUGUUGAACUGCUGCCAUGUUGUCAUGGCUACAUGGGAGGGGCCGGCCUGUACAACCCCAGGAAGUCAGAGGAGGAGCUUAAUGUGAGCCCCCCUCCCAAACGAAUGUACGCCCUGUACCACACGUACAACGGAAAUGCUGCACUCUCCAGGAGUCUUCAUCACUACAACAGCGUGGAGGACUCCUGCAGGUUACCCCCGACAUGCUUCCCGUACCCCUGUAACCCCAGCGACAACCAUCACCACCUCCACCAGCACCACCACCACCUCCACCAACACCUCCACCAGCACCACCAACACCUCCACCAGCACCACCAACACCUCCACCAGCACCACCAACACCACCACCAGCAGCAGCACCAGCCGGGCCAGAAGCAGCCGGAGCCCUUCAUCCUGCGCGACGUCCCCCCCUGUCAGGUGGGCGUGAGUGGAGGGGGAGGCGCUGGACCGGGGGUGGUGGUGGGAGGGGGUGACGGGACUGUGGCCAGGAGCUGGGGGGGAGGUGAGGCGGUGAGGAUCUUGGCGAGACGAGUGACGGCAGAUGGGAAGGUGCAGUACCUGGUGGAGUGGGACAAUAUGAGUUUGUACUGAGGCAGAAAACAGGAGAUGAAAUGACUGUUGUCCAGUUGCCACGGGACUGUUGUGUAUUUGAUACGUGGCAGUGUAUAAAACAAAAAAAAUAAAAGUUGCAGAUCCA